AUGAAGAAGAGUUCAAAGGGUAGUGGCAAGCCUCCUUUGACGCCCAAGAAAAGAAAAGUCUCCACUGCUAAUGUAAUUCUUGUCGAAGAUGAUGAAGAAGAUACUCCUCCAACUCCACUUAAGAAAAAGCAGAAAAAGAAUAAGGACAAACCUACCACUCCCCUCAUUUCUACCGCCAAUCAGAGUGAUCCUUCGAGCUACAUGAAUCCAUCUCCUCCUCCGACAAUCAGUGGUGCUGUCCAAAACAAAGGAUCUUCGACUGGAGCCCAAAAUCUCGAAGAAGAUAACGCCCAGAACGAACAAGAAACCUCUUCUCCUGGUGAAGAUGGUAAAAGAGAUUUGAAGCACGUUGACAAGAAGGACUCAGCAGAGAAAGAAGAUUCUGAGGAUACUCCCAGUAAUUCUCCUGCAAGAGUUGAGUUCCCUUCAGAUGAUGCUGAUGAGGAUGAUCAGGAUUCUGAUGAGAUUGAGGGGUACUUUCAGGAAGAUGAAGACAUGAAUAUGGGAGAAGCUGAUCCUGAAGGAAAUCAAACUAGAACUGGUGACGCCAACAUCGACACGGUCCCAAAUCCAAUUAAAGUUCGACCAUCCAUCAUCCAGACUUCGCCUAUAUCGCUUACUGAGGAGGAGAAAAAAGCUUUAAAACAAAAUGAUCCCCUCAAGUAUGUAAGGUUAAUGAUGACUCAAAGAGAAUCUUCUUCAGAGCAAAGCAUUUCUGGAGCUUCGACCCAUUCUGGUGCUAGUGCAAACGAAGCAUCACAUGACGAACUCCUUCAGCAAGUGAAGAAGGCAGUUUUUGAUGUAGAUCUCUUUGAAGAAUUAAGGAAUGAUGUGGGAGCGAGCUUUGGCAUAAAGAAGAUGAUAAGCAAGAUUAACAUCACUGCUUACCCCACUGAUAUAGGUGAAGCCCUUAUCGAUAAUCAGAACCUCAUUGACCAAGUCUGUGCUGAAUACCAAUUGCAGAAGAAGAUUUCUGAUGCUAAGGCGAAGCAGGCUGCUAUCCAAGGCUUAGAUAAUACUGAAGCUGAUGAUCUGGCGAAGCAGAGCGUAGAUCAUGUCGAAAAGGCUACUGCUAUGAAUGAAGAUAUUGCACGCCUCAGAGGGGUUCAAGCUGCUGUUCAAUACAAGAUUGGCUUGGCGAAGAAAAAGUAUGAUCGGAUGAGGGCCACUAUUCCUUUUUGA